CUCACCAGGCUUUCGCUGGGAAGGGCAGGCUGCAGCAGGAGUCUUACCUUCAGUUGUGUGAAAGCAGAGUUGGUGGGAACUGUGGGAAGCUGUUAGUUUCCUCAGACUUCAGCACUCUGACUUCUGGACAGCUCCUCACGAGCUACAGAAAGCUUAUGGCAGGAGCCGAGAAAUCUCAGCUCAUAGAGGGAUCGCUGCCUCUCAGUUUGUACUAAAAGGACAGAGGACAUAGAGCGUGGGCUACAGAGAACUGGAUACUGACAACCUUUCAUCUCUUAUUUCAAGUUCUGAAUUGUGAAUGUGUAUUAUACUCCCUCUGCCUCUUGUUCUAACGGAUGUAUCUGUACAAAAUGGAUCUGUCUGCCUCCUGUGCUUGAUUUCUACGGCGUGUUUUGUUUUUCUUCUUCUGCCUUUUUUGCUUGCUCCCUAAAGUUUGUGCUCCAGCUUGUGAUUCACCACAAACUGAAGUGUCAUUUACUAAGGCAAAUGUUCUGUUUCAAGUUCUCCUCUCGUUUCUGCCAUCAGUUUCUAAGGCACUUGAACAUCACUGCCUUGGAUUAUUACUGACACAGAGGAGGAGGGAUUGCACAUUCAAAGAAAAAAAGAGGAGCUGCUGGAUUAGAUUCUGGAUGGGUUUUUCUUUAUAAGAUUUCUGUAUGUUGGUGUCUGUCUGCCCCUAUGUUUAUAAAAUGGGAUUGCUCUAAGUGGAGUAAAGGAGCUUAAAUAUACAUUUCAAAUCUAUAGAGAAGAGACAUCUGGGGAAUUGAAGGAAAACAUCUGGGCAGAUUGUUUAAGAACGACCUUCCACAAACACUUUGAUCCAAACGAUAUAUUAGCAGGGUGCUUGGAAAUUGCUGUUUCACAUAAACGGUCCCUGCUUCUUGGAUGCUAGACUCCACACUUGCUCUCUGCUUGUAUUCAACAAAUAGGGAUUACUGACAAAAGCACAAGACAUCGCUGAAUUUAACAACGUUUAACAGAAGUGGUUACUUUGCGGAAUGGGUAUACUGUAUCUAAAGGCAGAUGAAGACUCAGACUGAUCAUUUUAGAAAAAAGACUGGAAAAUGCUGAUCAAAUAGAAAAUCAGAUGCAACAUGAGCACAUACAAAGGUUCAGCUUUAGCAACUGGAACGUGGAGCCAUGAGCGAUGCAUCUGUUCUUGACAAUUUGGGGUUAUCAUGAUCAAGUGCUGUGCUUUGAUUUCUCACAGUGGCCAAAACAUUAUUGUUCUAAUCAAGAUAAUCUGGAUUUUAAAUUAGGACCACUUAGAGAUAUUACAGUAAUCAUGCAGCCUCUUGCAACAAAGAAUGGCAGGAACAAAUGCCCAGUUUUACUCUUAAAAGAUAAUCAGGUUGAACCACUGAAUGAAAACUAAGCCAAUUCAGUGCUAUGGGCUGCUGUUGACACUGAAUAAAACAAGUUAAGGUCCGUGACCAGAAAGUUGUUCUUCAUGGGAGGAGUCAUGCUUCACACGGCCACAAAUUGGCAUAUACUUUUUUUCGUGGCCAUGCUCUUGGUCUUUAUGGGAUCUGCUUUUGGUUGUCCAGCAAAGUGUGAGUGCUCAGCACAACAUAAAUCUGUCAGCUGCCAUCGAAGGCGUCUUGGGACAAUGCCAGAUGGCAUCCCUAUCGAGACAAAAAUUCUGGAUUUAAGCAAAAACAAACUAAAAAGUGUGAAUCCAGUGGAUUUUAUGUCCUACCCUCUGCUAGAGGAUAUAGACCUUAGUGACAACAUCAUAUCAAAUGUGGAGCCUGGAGUUUUCAAUAGUCUUUUCAACUUGCGUUCAUUGAGUUUAAAAGGAAAUAGAUUAAAACUAGUUCCCUUAGGGGUGUUCACAGGUUUGUCCAAUUUAACCAUGCUGGAUAUAAGUGAAAACAAAAUAGUUAUUUUACUGGACUACAUGUUUCAGGACCUACACAAUUUAAAGUCCCUUGAAGUUGGAGAUAAUGAAUUAGUUUAUAUUUCUCAUAGAGCUUUCAGUGGAUUGGUUAGCCUGGAGCAGCUUACUUUGGAAAAAUGUAACUUAACAGCUGUACCAACGGAUGCUCUUUCACACCUUCACAAUCUUUACAGUCUACAUCUGAAAUAUCUUAACAUUAAUGUGUUGCCUCCAUUUGCCUUUAAGAGAUUGUUUCAUCUGAAAAUUCUGGAAAUCAGUUACUGGCCUCUUUUAGACGUGGUGCCUGCUAAUAGCUUCUAUGGUCUGAACCUCACAUUUCUCUCAGUCACCAAUACCAAUUUGUCUACAAUACCGUAUCAUGCUUUAAAACACUUAAUUUAUCUAACACACUUGAACCUCUCCUAUAAUCCCAUAGAUAUCAUUGAGACAGGUGUAUUUUCAGACUUGGUGCGUCUUCAAGAACUGCACUUGGUCGGGGCUCAACUGAGGACCAUAGAGCCACAUGCUUUCCAAGGGCUUCGGUUCUUGCGCUUGCUUAAUGUGUCUCAAAACCUGUUGGAAACUCUAGAAGAGAAUGCUUUCCAAUCCCCCAAAGCUUUGGAAGUUCUUUGCAUUGAUGAUAAUCCCCUAGUUUGUGAUUGCCGCCUCAUAUGGAUGCUACAAAGACAUCCCGUGUUGCACUUUGGGAGCCAACAGCCUAUGUGUUCUAGCCCAGACAAUUUACAAGAAAGUUCAUAUAAGGUGCUAGAUGCUGCUGUAUUAUCUUUUUACUUCACUUGCAAAAAGCCUAAAAUUCGAGACAGGGAAUUGAUGCAGGUUCAUGUGGAUGAGGGGCAGAGGGUGCAGAUGAACUGCAAUGCUGAUGGAGAUCCACAACCAAUGAUUUCAUGGAUGACACCACGUAGAAGGACAGUCUCUUCAAAAUCUAAUGGAAGAACCACAGUGCUUGGCAAUGGCACACUAGAAAUCCGAUACGCUCAGAUUCACGACACAGGAACCUACAUUUGUGUUGCAAGCAAUGCUGCAGGAAAUGAUACUUUCUCAGCUUCACUUACUGUCAAAGGAUUUAUCUCUGAUCGUUCCUAUACAAAUAUGACCCCAAUGUUUAUAACAGAGUUAAAUGAAACCAGCUCGAAUGGUACUAAUGCAAACAUAACUUUUAAUCUAGACCUUAAAACUAUCCUGGUUUCUACAGCUAUGGGUUGUUUCACAUUCCUUGGAGUGGUUUUGUUUUGUUUCCUACUGCUUUUCGUGUGGAGCCGUGGAAAAGGAAAGCAUAAAGCCAACAUUGACCUAGAGUAUGUCCCAAGGAAAAACAAUGGUGCUGUAGUGGAAGCUGAUGUUUCAGUCACCGCACCCAGGAGAUUUAAUAUGAAAAUGAUUUAGCUGAUAGAGCACUGUUUUUGGCACUGUUUCUAUCCACAGAAGCAACCUAGCGCCUUGGAUUGCUGGGUAAAGGCAGCCGAGUGCAGCUGUCACUGUGUCAAAUUGGUUUUGUGAAAUUGGAAAGACUGUCCGGCUGUUUAGAGGUGCCCUGUAGCUGAAGGGCAGGAACAUGAAAGCAUUCUGUGGAGCUGUUUUAAUAAUUGUUUGCAUUGCAAAUAUUGGCAUUCUGGGGAUCUCAGUAAAGAAAAAAAAAACUUUUGGAUCAUGUUCAUGGACAAAAUAUCCCAACAUUUUCUACCACUUAAAUAAAAAACAAAAAACAAAAAAAAAAACCCCAAGACAAACCUACAGUGUAGGGUUUACAUAUAAAAUAACACACAUGUCCAAAACAUAUUCUGCCGUGUAAUUUGCAUCUCUGGAUAUCAUUUGUUUAAGCUGAGUUUCAUCCUAUUCUUGUUGAUUUCACACCACACAAUAAAAUCGUUAAAGCUUACUUUAUAUGCAUACUAUGCCCAUCCUAAAGCAAUACAGAUGAGAGAUUGUGCUUUUUUCUCCACUGAUAAUGGCUUUGGUGUGAUCAUUUUCUCACAUAUAUGCUUCAUCUUAAAGAUCACCUGUGACUAAACUAGUACAUCUCUAAGGUACGGAGGCAAAUACAAGACUACACCACGAGAUACCCAUUGUCCAAUGAUGUGUAAAAAAGGACAGUAAUGGUUGUGGUCCUGUUAAUAUUUUAUAACAUAAUGCAUUUACAGUACAUCUCUGUAGGAAGUGGAUUUAUGACAUCACUUAAAUUCCUAUAAAAUAUUAACAAACUGUACAGUUUAUAGAAUGAAUUGAAUGGCAGAUCUACAGUAAUAUUCACAGUUUACAUUUUCUAAUAGAAACCACGUUCAGAAUUCUUUUAGCAAAGUGAUCUUUAAGAUGGGAAACAGAUAACUAAAACGUGUUCCACAAAGGUUGAUUCCCCCCUCUGUUCGUUUUCUUUGCUCCUUUUGUCUGAAAAAGUAAAUUUUAUGGCUGAAAAACAUGGUUUGGUGUAUUAAUUGUGUUGUUAUUUAUAAAGACAUAUAACUGA